UGUCUUAUCUAUCACUUUGCUAUGAACUGUGGGAAUCAGCUAGUGUUAUCAAAUGAUGUGACACAUUUCCUUUUUGUUUAUCACAGUACACAGUAUUAUUCCAUUGAAAUAGUACAUUUUAACUGCAACUAGAACGAGUAGCAUUCCAUUCUAGCCUUGACACGGUUCUAUUGAAAUAAUUAUUCUAACAAAGUAGAAUUAUUUAUUUACUAUCAGCCGAAUAGUUAACAGUCCAUUUGAGUGCAAGACUUGAUAGUUGAUUUUGUUUCAAGCUAAUUUCAACAAACAUUAAGGGCAGCUUAUUGAGCUCAAUUGUAAAUUAAUAGUGUUGCUAAAAGUAUUUAACUACCUGCGCGGACGUGAAAGUGGCAGAAAAGAAGAUGUGGAUCCAAGACGAACUAACCUGUAAACCGCUGGAUAGCUACGAAGAAAUCAUAAGUUUUAUACAAAAUCCACCGAGUUGGAGAACAUUAUGCACCGACAUAAAGCCGCACAGCCAGGAGAUGAUAAAGAAUAUGGACAUCAACAAGAAUUCCGGCACCAGCUUGCUCGAAUCGCCUCAAAGUUUUUGCCAUUUCAAUCCCGAGGCAGAGGACAUUCAACGACACGAUAAAAAGAAUUUGCCGAAGACGUUGGUGUGUCACGAUAUGGCCAAUGGCUACCACGACGAUAGCUAUAUCGACGGCACGGGCCAGAGCGACGCGUAUAGCUUCUACAACUGGGCGGGAAUCGACGUGUUCUGCUACUUCAGCCAUCACCUCAUCACCAUCCCGCCGCUCGGCUGGAUCAACGUGGGACACGCGCACGGCGUCCAGGUUAUUGGUACUAUAAUCACGGAGUGGGGGGCGGGCGCGGCGUUUUGGGACAGGGCGCUGUCGUCGGAGCGCGAGUGGCGCACGCUGGCGAGCGCGCUCGUCGCCAUCGCCAAGACGCUCAAGUUUGACGGCUGGCUGCUUAACGUCGAGAACAAGAUCUCCCGGCCGGCGGAGCUGGUGCGGUUCGUGCGUCACCUGCGCGCGCUGCUGCGGCAGGAGCUGCCGGCGCCGCUGCUGCUGUGGUACGACAGCGUCACCGUCGACGGCCACCUGCAGUGGCAGAACGGACUCAACGAGAAGAAUAAGGAUUUCUUCGAGGCGUGUGACGGUAUCUUCACGAACUACUCGUGGUCGGAGGGCGACGUGCGGCGCAGCGCGGCGGCGGCGGCGGCGGCCGGCCGGCUCACCGACCUCUACGUCGGGAUAGACGUCUGGGGACGCAACUUCCACGGCGGCGGACAGUUUAACACCAAACAGGCAGUGGAGGUAGCUCACAAGCACGGCUGUUCCCUGGCGAUCUUCGCGCCGGCCUGGACGCACGAGGCGCGCGGUGACUCCGUCAUCCACGGGCCGGCGCUGGAGCCCUACGACCAGUUCCUGGUGCGGGACCGCGCGCUCUGGGGCUCCCUGUGGCCCUACCUCAACACGCGCCUGCCCAUCGCGCUGCCCUUCCAGACCGCCUUCUGUCGCGGCCAGGGCAAGAAGAGGAGGUUGUAUGGGGAGGUGAUAGGUCCCGUGGCGUGGUACAACCUGCGGCACCAGCAGUACCAGCCCAACUCCGCGCUCGGCCCGCACGGCUACGCUCUCGCCCCGCACAAGUACACGCCCAAGGCCGAACUGCCCGCACACGCCGGCACACACCGCAGAUCCAUCGAGGCCUCCGUAGAAGUGGGCUCCACGAAAGACGACCAAGAAGAAAAGAGUCAGGAAGAUCUCAAAAGGCUCGCUUACAAGGACUUCGUACUGAAGACGCCGAAAACGGAGGCCGAUGAUGAAAGUGAUACUAAAGAGCCAGCUAAGGACGCAAACUUACUGAAAGGUUCCAAUGGCCCAGCUCAAGAGUCAAGGUCAGACAGCACUGGCAACGAAAUACCACAUUCAGACAAAGCCAGCGAGCCCGUGGCACGAGACAAGUGGGGGCGGCGGCGCUACAGCCUGGCGGUGGUGCCGCGCGAGCUGGAGUGCCUGGAGCCGUUCUUCGAAGACAGCUUCAUGGGAGGGUCGUGCCUAAAGGUGAACCCUCGCAACUCUGUCUCGUCCCCACACCGCGUGGCGCGGCUGUUCCACUGCGACUUCCGCAGCCCGCGGCUGGUGGCGUGCGUCAUCACCAAGACCAUGCCCGGCCACGGGGACCAGACCCUGGACGUCACGCUGCACGUUAACGACGAGGGAAGGAGAUUUACACGGGUGUUGGUGGGUCACGAGGUUCAAGAGGCAACGGAUUCUGAAGUGUCGGCCCCGUCGUACGUGUUCCCGCUGGAGGGCGCCGCGUUCCGCCGCGUGCAGGCGCACGUGCUGCUCACCGAGCCCGCCUUCUACGUGCCUGUGAGGAACGACUUCGGGUGGAAAGUCAGGUACUACGACGUGGACAUCGGCUCUGGUCGAGUCACCACGGUGAGUUGCCGCGCGCGCCGCCCCGACGGCCCCGUACUGCUGGGAUACAUCGGCCUCUGUCACUACACCGAUACACCCUGACACCAAGACCGACAACAAAACUAAUUGAUAAUUAGGGUACGUGUUCCUGAUAGAGAAAUCACUGUGAAAGUAGCAGCGCUGAAAGGCCUUUUUUCCGCUUUUAUGUGGGAAAGCGCACCAGCGUCACAAGUUUCCCCAUACAAAAAUGAAAAAAAGUGCUCAU